GGUUCCUGGCCGCAGGAGGCGCGCGCCGGUGCGACGUCAACGCUGCCCACCAAGCCCUCUCGACCUGUCUCCUGCGACCCGGCCGUAGCUGAGUUCUCCGAGGGCCGGGCUCCGGCGGUUUGCUGAGUAGUUUUGCAACCGCUAUGGACAACUCCGGGAAGGAGGCGGAGGCAAUGGCAUUGCUGGCCGAGGCGGAGCGCAAAGUGAAGAACUCGCAGUCCUUCUUCUCGGGCCUCUUUGGAGGCUCAUCCAAAAUAGAGGAAGCAUGCGAAAUCUAUGCCAGAGCAGCGAACAUGUUCAAAAUGGCCAAAAACUGGAGUGCUGCCGGAAGCGCUUUCUGCCAGGCGGCCCAGCUGCACCUGCAGCUGCAGAGCAAGCACGAUGCGGCCACCUGCUUCGUGGACGCCGGCAACGCGUUCAAGAAAGCCGACCCCCAAGAGGCCAUUAACUGCUUGAUGAGAGCAAUUGAGAUCUACACAGACAUGGUAAGCGUCACUGCGUGUCCUGUCUCCCUCCCUCCCCCUACCCGCUUCAAGCCCUGCCAUAUUGCCUCCCCUCCCAUCCCCUCCCCUGUCCCCGAGAGCAGGAGCAUCCCAUCAACAGAUGAGGCCUGGCUGCUGUUCCGAGCCCAAGGAGCCAGCCCGAGGCCCCAAGCCAAGCCCCGUCCACGUCCGGCACCCCGCCCCCCGCAGGGACGCUCGUCCUGCCCUAGCGGGUCCGGGCGACGCUGUCUGCUGUUGCAGUGGAUGCUGCAGGAGACACUGCGCUGGGCAGUUCAGGCUCCAGAGCGGCAGGAGGUGCUCAGCCCCUCUGGGAGCCGGGCCGCCUUGGGGAAGGCCCCAGGCGCCUGCAGGGGGAGCUGGAGACCUGGCCGGGAGACAGGCAGGCAGCUGGCCUCGGAGGAGCGCGGGGCGGGCGCCGCCUCAUGUUCCGCAGCCUGCCACCCCUCUGCCCACCGGCGUGCCAGCCUCCUGUCAGCCCGACAGCGGGCCCGCCGCCUCCGUCACCCGCUCGGAUUUUCCCCAGGCUGGUCUCUGGCUUCCCUGCUCUUGGGGUCCUGGGUUCACAGGGCAUCGCUGGGCAUGGACCUAGUUCCAAGCUGCCCCCAAGUGCCUGGCAAUGACCCGACCCUCUGGCUGCCCACCGCCUCAUGCCCGCAGGUGGGGACCAAUGCCAUGGACAGCCCGCUCCUCAAGUACAGCGCCAAAGAUUACUUCUUCAAGGCUGCCCUCUGCCACUUCUGCAUCGACAUGCUCAACGCCAAGCUCGCUGUUCAGAAGUACGAGGAGCUGUUCCCCGCGUUCUCCGACUCCCGGGAAUGCAAGCUGAUGAAAAAGUUGUUAGAAGCCCACGAGGAACAGAAUGUGGACAGCUACACCGAGGCGGUGAAGGAGUACGACUCCAUCUCCCGGCUGGACCAGUGGCUCACCACCAUGCUGCUGCGCAUCAAGAAGACCAUCCAGGGCGACGAGGAGGACCUGCGCUAAGCCCCGCGUGGCCCCCGGCGCCCGUCUCCCCACCCCGUCCGCUCUCCCCCGGCCAGGCCCUCCAGCGAGGAUCGCUGUGUGAGCCCAGAGAGAGGGGGGCCUGAGACCCUGGCUGCAAGACCUUCCCUCCCACCGAGGACUCUGCAGCCACCCCGCGGGCUCAGCACUGCCUCGGGGGCCCCUGAGGCCAGGCCACUGGCCAGACGGUCACCCACUGUUCUCGCUGCAUCCCUCGCCUCCUGCCCCUUUAUUUAAGCCCCCAGAGCUGCCCUUCACCACGCCAACACGCAGGCUCUCUGGCGCAGGCCUGUUCGCUGUGGAUGCUGCCGGGGGUCGGAGUCAGCAUCUGGGCGCCCCUCUCCCAGCCAGCUGAGUCGCGGAGACAGUGUCUCGUCUCCACUUUCCUCCCUGGCUGAGCUCUGGGCCCACGUAGUCACCGUGAUUCACGCUCACCGCUCGGGAGGGUGUGGCUCCUUUCUCCCACCCUGCACAGGGAGCCCCCAGCCUCCUGCAGCCCCAACCUCUCAGGAUGGACCCAGCCCUGGAGCUGCGAGGGUCGUCCCCACACCCACCCCUCCGUCUCCUCCCCGCGCUUCCAGGUGUUGUUGGGGGGAAGCUGCAGCUGCCUGAGGAAGGAAAUAAAAGAUAACACUUGUGCAUAA